CCUUAUCAGUCACGAUGCGAUCCAAGUUCAAGGACGAGCACCCCUUCGAGAAGCGCAAGGCUGAGGCUGAGCGUAUCCGCCAGAAAUAUGCCGACCGCAUUCCUGUCAUCUGCGAGAAGGUCGAGAAGUCGGAUAUUGCCACCAUCGACAAGAAGAAGUACUUAGUGCCGGCCGACCUCACCGUGGGACAGUUUGUCUACGUGAUCCGCAAGCGCAUAAAGCUCUCCCCCGAGAAGGCCAUCUUCAUCUUCGUUGAUGAGGUCCUCCCUCCAACUGCUGCGCUCAUGAGCAGCAUCUACGAAGAACACAAGGAUGAAGAUGGCUUCUUAUACAUCACAUACUCGGGCGAGAACACUUUCGGUGACCUGUAGAGGUUGUCUAGUCUCUCUCAUUUGCUUUGCUGUUCGGCCACUCCAACCUACAUGAGUGAGUCAAUGAUGGAUGAACGGGCAGGCGAGAAGGCUUCUGCGACCUUGGGAUACUGGUUUUGGGUCACGGGC